AUGUCGACAAGUAAGGAAAAUACUCAGUUUGGUCAUGGUUUAGUGAUGGCAAAUCUAAACAUUAAUGGAUUACUAGCACACAUUGAUGAAUUACGUGUCUUUCUUACGAUGGCUAAGAUUGACAUUUUAGCAAUUAACGAAACGAAAAUUGAUUCAUCAAUAUCUAAUAACGAAAUCCACAUUUCUGGAUUUGAUAUAGCUAGAAACGACCGAAUAGUUAACGGCGAAUAUGGAGGUGGUGUACUAUUCUACAUCAGAAAUAACCUCAACUAUCAAAUCCGCAGGGAUUUAGAUGACGAAUUACUCGAAGUGUUGACUAUUGAAAUCACUAAACCUAGAUCCAAACCUUUCAUAAUUAAUCUUUUCGGUCUCACUCAGCUCAUUACUGAGCCAACACGUAUUACAGAGAAAACAAAAACACUUAUAGAUCUUUGCAUUACAAAUACUCCUGAAAAGAUUAUUCAAUCAGGAGUAUAUCAUCUAGGCAUAAGUGAUCACUCUCUAGUGUUUAUGACCCGGAUUUGA